CUCGAUCACUUUGCUUCUCUUUUUUGCUUUAUGAUUACUAUUGCCUCUAUAUAUAUAUAUAGCUAGUUUUGUCAGUGGCAGUCUGCUUGAUUUGGAAUUUUGGAGGAAGGACACUCAGUGACAAGAGGGCGCUGCUACUUUUGACUGCCCAACGACAAGGAUUCACCGCGAUGACUGAACGGCGAAGGCCGGACAGCGCGCCGAUGGAUGAACGGCCCACUAGGCUGGACUGCGCGCCGAUGAAUGAACGGCCUACUAGGCAGGAUUCGAUGGACAUGGAGGAGAAGCUGAGGCUUGCUAGUAAAGCCGUCACGGAAAUGAGAAAGAGUUCCCGGAAGUCAUCGAUUGAGGAGAUUGUGCAGGCGUCGGGAUAUGCGCUGGGUUGCAUGGCUGGAGGCUAUGGGCAGGCCCUUUUCAAAUUCACGGGGAAGAUAAUUGGGGUUCGGUUCGCAGAGAGGCUGAGGCAGAUGGUGGAUCUGUUUCUGGGACACGUUGGGAGGGGGUGCUCCGAUGCCAGAAAGCUGACGUUCAGUAUCCGUUGGGGGGGAGAGAGGGGGGACAAGGGAGGCAGCUUGCCGUCGAAGGAGAGGGUAGAAGAAGUGAGGGAGGAGAUGGCCGCCUUGAUGAAGCAGAUCAAGAGGGCAGUGUGGAUGGCAAGAGAGGUGGAGCGGCAGAGAGAGGAGAUGGUGAGGCUCGACGAGGAGCGGAGAGCCAAGGAGGGAGAGAACAAGAGUUUGGAAGAGAGCAUCGAGAAGAAGAAAGAGGAGAGGAGCGCCCUCGUCGCGUCUUUGAACCUGUUGCAAGAAGAGAUAGAGGAGAGGAGGAAUGCCGUCGUGUUUACCCAAGAGCUGCUGGACAUGAUGAAUGCCAGAGUCGCAGAGCUCAAGGAUGACAUCGCCGCGCUGGACUCGAAGAAAGCCGCAAAGAGGGAAGAGCUCCAAGCGCUGAAGAAGAUGCAGAAGAAACUUGUUGUUGCACGCGGGGAUUCUGAAGAAGAUCAACGCGCGGUCGGCCAUUGCCACGCAGAAUCGACGGUGGAACCAGCAAUAGAUCAUUCAGAUCAAGCGGUACUAGUUGCACGAGAUGUCCCAGAAAAAAUGGAGUCUUGUGAGGUGGAGGAGGAGGAGGAGGAUGCGAAGGAGUUGGCCAGUGAGUUGCGGUAUGCGAAAGCGAGAACGGAGGGCGAUCAGCAUGGGGCUUGCCGUUCUUCUUGGCAUGACGUUCUGCUCCCAGAGGAGCCCUCAGCGGACAUGUGCUUGAAUUCGGACGCUGAAGAGGACAAGAGGAGGGAUGAUGACGUUGCUGGCGGAUUUCAGCAGUACAUGGAAUUCUGUGACUAUGCGCAGAGGUACGAGGUGCUUGUGGGCGCCUUGAAGCAUUUCUCAGGAUCAGUGCUGAAGGUGGAGAGAAAGAGGGUGUUCUUGGCAAUAGCAGAGUUGGCAUUGAGGCAGGUCCUUACUCCGGACAACUGCGUACAGGCGGUGAAGGAUGUGGCGCGGAACGUGGAGGAAUUUGGACAGGCACAGGGUCUAGGGGAGGCCGUUGGCUAUCUUCUUAGCAGGGAGAUCCUCACGGGAUGUGCCGUCAAGUCUUUGUUACUGUGUAUGAGGGUUCGAUGGGUUAGGCAAGAGUUUGGCGUGGCAAUGCUGAAGACGUUCCACAAUGCGCUGCAGGGAACGAAAAAGUCGAAAGAUAAGGAGCUCAUCAAGUUCUGUUCAUCGAACGGAUUAUACUUUUGGGUGGCAAUGGGAGGCCGGGAAUGUCCACGCCUUCGAGGCCUGUUGACCAGGAAGGGGCUGGACUUCCUCCUGACCAAGUUUUGAUUGGCAAUUUCUGUCGAGCGGCAGUGAUUCAAGCUGAACGCGACGCUUAGCGGAGGCCAUGGGGUGAGAAGAUAGCUUUUAUUGGCAAUAGUUUCCGCAAUGGCCACUUGAUCCUCAGCAGCGGCCUUGAUGAUCUCUCUCUCUCUCUCUCUCUCUCUCUCUCUCACUCACUCACACAUACGGAGUGAGAAUGCUUUGCUUGUGCUCUCUCUAUCUCUCACACGCACACAUAGAGAGCAUGGUUGCUUGUGCUCUCUCUCUCUCUCUCUCUCUCUCUCUCUCUCUCUCUCUCNGCAGGCGAUCGUCCAACGAAGGAAGGUUCACCGAGCAGGAAAAAAAAAAAAAAAGAGGAAAGGGCUUCGCAAGCCCAUACUGCACAGUUGUACACCUGUCUCUUAUACACAUCUAGAUGUGUAUAAGAGACAGCUCUCUCUCUCUCUCUCUCUCUCUCUCUCUCUCUCUCUCUCUCUUGUCCACAUGGCCGAUGCAGCAGAGAUAUAACAGGCGGGCAAAGUUGUGUCUACCUGAGUUGAAUGCACAAAUGCCGAAGUCAAGAUUUUGUUUGAUAGCGUGUUUCAAGCUCGAACUGGUAUUCUUUUGGGGACCGAGCACGGUCUCAAUCAAGAUAUUUUGAUCCACGGUUUGGUUUUGACUCCCGUUUAUCGAGGCAUUGCCAUUUACUGAGAAGAUAGACAGAUGAUGCGUCAUCAUCUAUCUCCAUGGGACUGGGCUAGCAGGAUUUGCGGACAUCGAGGCAUUGCUAUUUACUUAAAAGAUAGACUGAUGAUGCGUCAUCAUCUAUCUCCAUGGGAUUGGGCUUGCGGAAUUUGCGUACAUCGAGGCAUUGCUAUUUACUUACUUAGAAGAUAGACAGAUGAUGCGUCAUCAUCUAUCUCCAUGGGACUGGGCUUGCAGAAUUCGCGGACAUCUGCAUGCACUCAUGGACGUGUACGUGCGAUUUCCGGGGCCGACCAUGACCAGGGCGACAAUCAAGGUAUUGCAGUCUAAGACUUAUUACAGUCGGUGUCAGUCGCUGCAUUGUCAUAGAUCAUCUCCUUCCCAUCUCCACUGAGGCAUUCGCUGUUCGAUCUGCUAAGAUAGACAGAUGAAUCGUCAUCAUCUAUCUUGAUGAAAGUUUAUGAGCGGGGUUCGUUCAUCCUCCCGCGGUUAUGAUUCGUUGCUGGUGGAUGGAGGGGUCCAUUCAUUAGCUGCCGUAGCCGUGGAUGUUUCUUGCUGGCGACUCUGUCUGUCAGAGGGUGCCACUGGAUGCAAUCUGCUCCUCAAUCAAGAUAUUCUGAUCUA